GAGAAACGAAGAGCGUACAUUUACUUUUGAGGCACAAUGCCAUCUCUCCAAAGAUCUAAAGGACAAAGAUUCAAACUUUCCUGGCCUUGGCUUGGGUCUUGAGUGUCUCGCCUGCAGCAGCUCACCGUGUGGGGCCCGGACCUGACUUUUGUCACUGUGGAGGCUGCCAGGCGGCAGCGUCCUCUGCCUGUGCGGAUGGCUUUCCAAGGAGCAUCUGCAGUGCUGGGACGCCAUGUGGCCACGGACCCGGGAGCCUCCCUGUCUGCUUUCAUGGCACGGCCCUUCCCCCCACCCACUGCCGACGCCCCCCACCGGCCACUCUGGGGGCAGCACCCGCCGCCCCUCCUGACCCAGCCAUUCCCUCCUGGUGGCCCCCUGGUGCUGCCAGCUUUCUCCAGGACUCCGCUGGUGGCAGGAGAGGCUGGCCUUGGCCCUAAUGGGACUGGGACCUGCAAUGUCACUGUGCAGGUCAGGUCAGAACAGGGGUGCUCUCUGACCCCCCAGACUCAGACCAUCGUCCUCACUCCAGCCCCCCUCAGCUGGAGUGCUCCAGGGGCCCUCGGUGGGGGUGCUGCGUGUCCCGCACCCAUCUUCGUGACAGCCUCUGCGGUGGAGACCAGCAUGCCUGCCUCGGCCCGUGGGGGCUCCCAGGCCGGCAAGGGAGGCUUGGCCCCAAGCCUUCCACCUCCGGCUCAGCCCCCAGUCGCGCAGCUGACCACCGUCGUGCCCCCAGUCAACGCCUGGCCACAGCCUCACGGAGCUUCCAGGAGCCGGAACACGGCCUCACCCCAGGACUCCUGUAACCCCAAGAGUGUUUACGAGAACUUCAGGCGCUGGCAGCGCUUCAAGUCGCUGGCCCGGAGGCACCUCCCGCACAGCCCCGACGCAGAAGCUCUCUCCUGCUUUCUCAUCCCGGUGCUACGGACCCUGGCGCGCCUGAAGCCCAAGAUGACGCUGGAAGAGGGAGUGCGGCGGGCCGUGCAGGAGUGGCAGAGCAAAAGCAACUUUGACCGCUUGAUCUACUACGAGAUGGCGGGAAAGUUCAUGGAAUUCGAGAUGGAGGAGGAGAUGCAGAUGCGGAAGUUACAGUGGGUGAAGGUGGCCCAGGGCCUGCCUCCCCCAGCGCCCCCGAAGCCUGAACGGCGGGGGACCCCAGCCGCGGAAGCGGGCCCGCAGCCAGCGUGCGUUCCCAGGAAGGCGGGUUCCAGGGCCCAGCCCUCCCGCCUGCAGCCACACCGACCCCCGCGGCGCCGGCAGACCAAGGCGCCCAAGGAGAUCCCUGCAGAGGCUGUGAGAGAGUACGUGGACAUCAUGGAGGGGCUGCUGGGGCCUGGCCGCUCAGCCCCGGGGGGCCCGGCAGGUGAAUGGGGAGAGGACGGAAAGGAGCCACAGCAGGACGAGGCCGCGACCUCCCCGGACCCGGGUCUCCUGAGCUACAUUGACGAGCUGUGUUCCCAGGAAGACUUCAUCACCAAGGUGGAGGCAGUCAUCCACCCCAGCUUCCUGGCGGAAUUGCUGUCCUCGGAACCACAGCUGGACCUCCUGGCCCUGGCUGAGAAACUGGAGCAGGAGGAAGGGCUCAGCCCCGCAGAGCUGGUGGAGAAAAGACUGGCGGCCUUGAAUACGGAGGAGGGUGUGCAGGCACCGCCACGUCUCUGCGCGGCCCGGUCGGGCCCCAGUGCUGAGCACGAGACCGGUCCCGGGAUGGGGCUGGGGGUCAGCGACAAAGCCUGCCCAGCAGACACCGACGGCCAAGACCUUCAGAGGCAUGGCCGAGCACAGAAACAAUUGUCGGGGCCCGGAGCCUUUGCUCUCUGUCCCGGACGACAGGAGGCCCCUGCACCCAGGGCCCGACGGGUCCCCGCCCCUCCGGAGGGGCAAAGGUGUGCCGCCCCUGGACCGGGCCCCAGAGAUGCCCCGCUUCUCAGAGAGGCCCCUCCUGCUAGGGACACUCGAGGGCUGGUGGAUGGGUCCAGUGAGGACGAGGAGGAGCUCCCCAGCCUGGCCUUCCUCCUGGCCUCUCAGCACAGGCUGCUGCCCUGGAGGCUCUCCCAGAGUCCCGCUCCUGCCUCAGUCAUCCCCAGCCCUGGCGGUUGGGGGCCGCAGGGGGCUCCACGGGCCCCCUCUCCUCAGAGAAUAGGCCUCGGUCCGGCCACCGCCCCAGCUACAAAGUCCAGGAAGCGGGCUCUGUGUGAGGGUCCUGCCUCUGUGGCAAAGAUGCCCCUGCCUGGGGCCAACCUCAGGGUGUCUGGGAGGCCGGCCUUGGCUGUGGGGCUGGUUCACCCCUCACAGCCUGCAAAGAGAAGGCGUGACUCCUUGGUCACAGGGAGGAGAAGGAAGCGUCACUGCAGCCAGUAGGGAGAAGUGGGCCUGCGCUCCAGGGCCGGCACACCCCGGGGCCCCCCAAGGAGCCUAGGGGGUCCUUCUCAACCUGGUGCUGAUCCUGGCUGUGGGAGGGAGGGGGGGGAGGGA